CAGGGGAAAAUGAAAGUGACGGUGUGCUUCGGGAGGACCCGGGUGGUCGUCCCUUGUGGGAACGGGAAUAUAAAAGUUCACGGUCUGAUCGAACAGGCGGCGAUGAGGUACAAAAAGGCCAUUGCCAAGGACCCUAGCUACUGGAUCCAGGUCCACAGGUUGGAACAUGGAGACGGCGGAAUCCUAGACCUGGAUGAUAUACUGUGUGAUGUGGCAGAUGAUAAGGACCGGCUGGUUGCAGUGUAUGAGGAGCAGGACCCUCACAAUGGAGGCGAUGGCACCAGUGCCAGUUCCACGGGCACUCAGAGUCCAGAACCCUUUGCCAGCGAGCUGAGCUCCGUAAACGUUGCAUCAGCCUUCCAGCCCUACCAGACCAGCAGUGAGAUCGAGGUCACCCCGUCCGCCCUGAAAUCCAAUAUGCCCCUUCAUGUCCGUCGCAGCAGUGACCCCUCCUUGGCAGGUCUGCCCUUGGGAGAGGUCCAGAUUGGUCAAGAGGAACCAUCCAGAAAAAAUCCCACCCGCUGGUCCACAACAGCAGGCUUUCGCAAAUACAAUCACAGCCAGAAUCCCGGCACUGGCAGUCUGGAGCGUAAGGGCAGAGGAGGCCAUGCCUACAGGAGCCUGCCGAGGGAUGCGGCCAGCUGGGCCACCCAGUUCCAGAGAGAGACGGCUCGAUCUUCGCUCAGCGCCAGCCAUCCUAUGGUGGACCGUUGGCUCGAACGACAGCAACAGGAGGAGGAAGAGGAGGAUCGCAGGACAGAGCAGGGGAGGAAUGGAAGGAUAGAGCCAGUAGGGAGGGCGGAUUCCUCCGUGGAACAUUCACCCGUGUUAAGUCUAGACGGCAUGCUUAAGCCGGUUGAGGUGUCCAAUGAAGGAGGGCCCCUGGGAAUCCACGUAGUGCCUUUCAGCUCGCAGGAUGUCAGGACCCUGGGCUUGCUUGUGAAGCGCUUGGAGCGUGGCGGCAAAGCCGAGCAGGAGGGUCUGUUCCAGGAGAACGACUGUAUUGUCAAGAUUAACAAGGGAGACAUACGCAACCUCCGCUUCGAACAAGCCCAGAACAUGUUCAGACAGGCCAUGCGUGCACCGGUCAUCCUUUUCCAUGUGAUUCCUGCCUCCAUGAAGAGCCAGUAUGAGCUAUUCUCAGCCCAGAGCGAGCUCAGCUCACCCCAAUGCAACAGGGUACGAUUCAGCCAGGACCCCCGUCAGCCAGGGGACUGGUGCGGUGUUGUCAGCGGGCUGGAUCACACCAUGCAGAGGAACUCCAGGUCAGGGUCUCACCCCAGCUUCAACCACAACCAUCAGGGUCCUCUGGCAAGAAGCACCCCUGAGCCAAGCCGACGUUACACCCCGUUACCCCAAACCCCAGUCUCCAGGACCUCCUCAGCCCCUUCUCCCUCUCUGCAGCGCAAGAUCAGUUCAAACGCCUCCACUGACUCUUUCUACAAGAGGACAGGCCACAGACUCAAUAUUCAACUAAAGAAAGGCCAAGAAGGUCUUGGAUUUAGCAUCACAUCUCGAGACAUCCCUAUUGGUGGCAGCGCACCCAUCUACGUCAAAAACAUCCUCGCCCGAGGGGCCGCCAUCCAAGAUGGUCGACUGAAGGCUGGUGAUAGGCUGCUGGAGGUGAGUGGCGUGGACUUGAGUGGGAAGACCCAGGAAGAGGUGGUUGCCCUGCUCCGUGCCAGCCCAAUGGGAGGGACUGUCAACCUGCUGGUAUUUCGACAAGAGGACCCCCUCCUGCCCCGUGAAGUGCAGCCAGAUGAAGAUGACUUGGCGUUGACUUACGCUGACAGCCUAGAGUUCAUGACAUUAGAGAUUCCCCUGAAUGACUCAGGCUCAGCGGGUUUGGGGGUCAGUGUCAAAGGGAACCAUUCCAAGGAAAGCCAUGCUGAUCUGGGUAUCUUUGUCAAGUCCAUCAUCAACGGAGGGGCAGCAUGCAAGGACGGGCGUCUCUUUGUCAACGACCAACUUAUCGCCGUCAACGGGGAGUCGUUGCUAGGGAAGACCAACCAAGAUGCCAUGGAAACGCUGCGCAAAUCCAUGUCGACUGAGGGCAACAAGCGGGGCAUGAUCCAGCUCAUCGUGGCCCGGCGGGUGGCCAAAAACAACGAGGAGAGCCUUGGCAGUCCUCUGGUGUCAGAACACCCACUGGACGACCACGAGCGCCGCAUCUCCCACUCCCUCUAUGGCGCAAUUGAAGGCCUGGACGACAUUCUUACACCACGGGCUAACAUCAUUGGACGCAUGGGUAAAUUCCAGCUGUCUCCAACUGUAAACAUGCCCCAGGAUGACAUUGUCAUCAUCGAAGAUGAUAGGCCGCCCUUUCUUCCUGCCCACCUGUCGGACCAGUCAUCUUCAAGUUCUCACGAUGACGUGCGCUUUGUGGGUGAGAACCAAGUGGCUUGGAUCCACGAGCCGCCCGGUCAGAUCGAAUGCUCACUCAGUCCAGACUCAGACCAGGAUGGGACGUUCCAGAGGGAGGGCUUUGGCCGCCAGAGCAUGUCGGAGAAACGCACCAAGCAGUUUGACAACGCCGCUCAGCUGGAGAUCAUAAAGACACGCAAGUCUAAGAGCAUGGACCUAGGUUCUUCAGAACAAGAGGUCGGACCUUCGCUGGGCUUGAAAAAGUCCAGCUCCCUUGAAAGUCUCCAAACGGCUGUCGCAGAGGCAAUGAUAAACGGGGACAUCAACGUCAACAGGCCCCGCUCUCGGAUAAUUCGGGGGCGUGGCUGCAACGAGAGCUUCCGUGCUGCCAUCGACAAAUCAUACGAGAAAUCUGGUGUUAUGGUGACAGCGGAGGAUAACGGGAUGGAAACAUUGGAUGAGGAUACGGAGGGGAGCUCCCUGUCUGGGCGAGACGGUUUAUCUGCCAGCACUGACCUCGCGCCGCCCCAGACGAAUGGCGGCCAGAACAAAGACGACAGACGGAGAGAGAAGGAGAGAGGAGGGAAGGACAAGAAAAAGACGGAGAGGGAUAAAGAGAAGGAGAGAGACAAGGACAAGACCAAAGCCAAGAGAGGAGUGUUGAAGGGCCUGGGCGAGAUGUUCAGGUUUGGAAAGCACCGGAAGGACGAGCAGCCGGGGGAGAGGAUGGAGAGGAAGGGCUCCAGUAAAUCUAAAACUGAGGACACGCAGGCGUCAGAGGAGGAGACACUCCGGAUGAAGCUGGAACAAGAGAGAAUACAGGCCAAGAUGAGAGAGCUGCGGGAGAGGCAGGCGAAGGAGAGAGAAUAUGCCGAAAUCCAAGAUGUUGGCAGCCGCACCUUCAGCUCCGAUGAGGAGCACACGUACGCCGGCAUCGGAUCCCUGGACUCGUCGAUAGACAGCAGCAAUAUGGAUUCCUUUAACAGUCACCACCACUACCAUCUCCCCCAGAGCCCCCAGACGCCUCACGUCCCCCUGGGCCUUCAGGACAAUGGGCAGCCCCUGGAGGCUCUUUACGCCCAGGUCAACAAGCCUCGCAACGGACGCCCUCCCACCUCAGACAGCAGCCAAAUGGUUCCCAGCAACCAUGACCGGAUACAGAGGCUGAGGCAUGAGUUCCAGCAAGCCAAACAGGAGGAAGACCCAGAGGACCAUCAACAUACCUACAGCUUUGACCAGCCCUGGGCCAACAAUGGGAUGGAGACACCAAGUGGACGCCACUCGGUGACAGUGGAUGCUCAGGCCCACAAACAGCAACAGGACGAGAGAGAGGGCAGCCAGCAGGCCCCGAGACAGUAUAACUCCCUGCCACGGCAGCCUCGCAAAACCCCCAGCACCGUAUCCGAGGACUCCUGGGACAAGAUGUACCAGGCGGGAGAGGGCUUCCAGACCGCCAAGGACAACCCUCGCUACUCCAGCUACCAGGGCUCACGCAACGGCUAUCUAGGAGCCUCCGGCCUCAAUGCUCGAGUCCUCCUGGAGACCCAGGAGUUGCUGAGGCAGGAGCAGAGGCGCAGGGAGCAGGAGGCCAGCAAGGCCAAGCUGCCUCCCAUGCUGGAGAGUCCUAGCAGCAGCACCCACGACACCCAUGGAGACCAGACUCCAGCCCCAGGCAAGGCCCCACCUCCAUCCAAGGGCCCCUACCGACAGGACGUGCCCCCGUCCCCGUCACAGCUGGCCAGGCUCAGCAGGUUUCACGGCUCAGAAAAAGGGAGGCCGUUUUAUUCCUGAGAGAAUGAGAGAGGUUAUGGAAGGAGAGGGGGGAGAAAGAUAGAAAAGUGAGACUAAUGCGAGGAGCAAUAAUAAUGGGAGAACAAGACCGAAUUGAAUCAGAUACAUUCAAUUGCCAAGAUACCGAGAUUUUUAUGGGAUUGUCGAUAUGAAAUGUUGAUAUUUUGUAUAAGCUUUGUUUUUUUAUGGUAUGAAUCAUGGCCCUGGUCAGAUAUUUUAUCAAGAAAGAAGAGAUGUUUUACUAUCUACCAAUGUGCUACAAGUGCCUUCGAGUCUUUUGCAUGUCCCGGUGGGGUUUUUUUUUUUUAGAUAUCAACCCUCUCGAUAAGUAAAUGUCAAUCAGACCAAUCCAGCACAUAACCACACCACGGGAGGUGGCAUUUUCAGGCCAGCUCUGCUUCCUCACGUCUGACAGUAUUCUGAGCGACGUAUC